AUGACUGCGGUCAAUGGAACACCAGCUGUCGACGCAUUAGACGCUGGUAAUCAUACCUCCAUCUGCAGCUUUCGCUCGAGUACGACUUGAUGUUGACCAUUUGGUAGUGGACUAUGACCCCAUCGACCAUCUGAAUGCGCUAUUCUCCCAUCCGUCGACAUUAUCCUCCGUCCGAAGCAUCUCUACAUCCCUCCAGCGACACCAAGAUGCCUUGGACUUGGACAUCUCUACCCUUGUCACGGCCCAGACGACAUCGGAUUCGGACAGCGUGCGACGGAUACAAGAUGCAAAGGCAGAACUGGCAGAGCUCUUUGCGAAGAUUGAGGGAGUGCGAGAGCGGGCACUGGAGACCGAAAGAGCAAUCACAGAGAUGACAGCGGACAUCAAGAGGCUGGAUAGCACGAAGAAGAAUCUCACGCUCUCAAUGACUGCGCUGAAGAGGCUGCAAAUGUUGACGACGGCGUACGAGCAGCUGCGAGGACUCAGUCAGACCAGGCAAUAUCGAGAAUGCGCGCAUUUGCUGCAGGCUGUCAUUCAGCUUAUGGCGCAUUUCAAGAGCUACAGGAGUAUAGACCAGAUCGCGGGAUUGAGCAAGAAGGUGGCGGAUGUACAGCGCGAACUACUGGAGCAGGUUUGCGAAGACUUCGAGGUCACGUUUGCGAAGGGAGAGGUUCAGCAGAAGAGGGGCAUGUUGAGCGAAGCCUGCCAGGUCAUGGACGCUUUGGGAGAUCAUGCGAGAUCGAGACUCAUUACAUGGUAUUGUAAUACGCAGCUCAGAGAGUACAGGCAAGUGUUCUGGGGAAACGACGAGGCCGGAUCCCUGGACAACAUCUCAAGGAGAUACUCUUGGUUCAACCGCAUGUUGAAGACGUACGAUACCGAGCACGCCGCGCUUUUCCCGCCGCACUGGAAGGUCAACGAGAUGCUUGCAAACGCGUUUUGCGAGAACACGCGAGACGACUACAAAGGCAUUCUUCAAAAGUCCAUGCGCAGAGCAGAUGGCCAGCCGCCGGAUGUCAAUCUGCUACUGUCUUGUCUCCAGGAGACCCUGGACUUUGAACAUAGCCUGGAACGACGCUUUUCUGCUGGCGAAUCGAGAUCAUCCCUCGACACGAUCACAUCUGGAGAGGUAACGCGACAUGGCUUUAGUCAGGCAAUUUCGGAAGCCUUCGAACCGUACCUCAGCAUUUGGGUUGAAUCACAGGACAAACAAUUAUCCACGCUCAUACCGAAAUACCGACAACAGCCGAUCCGAAACGUGGAGGAAGAGUUCCAUCCACAGCUGGUCAUACACUCUUCCACCGAGCUGUUCCACAGCUAUCGAGUUACGCUUGCACAGUGCGCCAAGCUUUCGACUGGUGGCCGACUACUGGAGUUAUCCAAGACAUUCGCAAAGUAUCUUGAUGCAUACGCACAGCAAGUACUCUUCUACUUCCUGUCCGAGAAGACCGGCGGACCAAGCGUAGAAGACGCGGUCAUCAUAUUGAAUACCGCUGAUUACUGCUACACGACUACCAACCAGCUGGAGGAGAGGAUCAAGUCGCGAAUCGACGAAGACCUCCGGGAGAAGGUGGACUUGCAACCUCAGUCGGACACUUUCAUGGGCGUUGCCUCGGCGGCUGUUCGAGGGCUGGUCCACAAGACCGAGGCCGACUGCCAGCCUGCUUGGCGAAGCAUGCGUGCGGUACCCUGGAGUAAAAUGGACAGCGUAGGCGACCAGAGCGCAUUCAUUUCCACGCUUCUUCAGCGCGUGAAAGACAGAAGCAGAGAAAUAUUGCGAUACUUGCACAAGCCGCAAUACGCGAGAGCGUACUGCGACAACAUGGUAGACGCCUUGACGAAUUCAUAUAUUACUAACAUUGUUGCUUGCAGGCCAGUUUCCGAGACUGGAGCCGAGCAGAUGCUACUGGAUUCGUAUGUACUCAAGAAAGGUCUUGCUGAGCUGGCCACGCUAGAUGCUGAACCUGGCACACCGCCCAGUGCCGCUUUUGUCAAGCGUGUCAAUCAGAGCACGUGCAAACUGGAUCCGAUAUUGAAGACCUUGCAAGUUCGAUCUUCUCCGCCAGAAGGCCUUGUUCAAGCGUAUCUCAUCCAUAUUCGAGACCGCUCUGAGCCCAACUUCCGCAAGAUUCUGGAACUCAAAGGCAUUACCAGGAGGCAGGACCAGAGCCAUCUCAUCGAACUCUUCAAUGCACACAAAGCUAGUCCCGCGAACGAGAACUUGCAAGUCAGCAACCCCCUUAUCGGAGGGCUACAGCUUACGGCACAACCUCCUGUGAGCACAUCAGCCGGUCUAGGGCUCGCAUCGCUGAAAGACAACGGUGCAUCUCAUUCGACGCCUUCACUGCCCGCACGAUUUGAUCCAUCCAAUUUCGGCACGGCGCUCAUGAACGCUGCUCGGGACGCUGGUGAUCGCUUCGCGUCUGGAUCGCCCAAUCUGGGAAUACCUGGUCGAGACGGAACGAUGUCGAACAGCGCUGCAAGUCGCACGACUUCGCCGCCGCCUGCUGGAUCGGAGGGUGACAGAGAUAUCACGCCUAGCUUGAACGAGAACCUCAAGAAGCUGGGAAGUCUGUUCCGCAAGGACGGCGGUGGAUUUGGUGGGUUUGGCAGGCGAGAUGGGUAG